AUGACACAGGAGUUCAAGAUCAAUGAUGAUGAUCUCGUCAUUAUCCAAAAUCAUGCUUAUAAGUUAUCUAAUCUACCCGCAGAUUUAAAAUUCCAAUUAGUUCAAAAACUUCAAUCCAACAAUGAUCAAGCUUAUACCAAGCCUGAUAUAUCAAAAAUCUUCAAUUUGAACGAUUUCGAACCAAUAGCUCAAAAAUUAUUGACACCUGAAACUUAUGCUUAUUAUAGAACUGGUGCUGAAGAUGAAAUUACAUUAAGGGAAAACCAAAAAGCUUUUAAAAGAAUAUAUUUCAAACCAAGGGUGUUAAAAAGUGUUUCAAAAAUCUCAUUAGAAACAAGUGUUCUAGGUUCAUAUUCCUCUUUGCCCUUUUAUAUAACUGCUUUCCAUGGUGCUUCAUUUGAUGGUAACAAUGAAGGUGAGUUACCUCUUGCUAAAUCUGCAGGGAAAUAUGAUUUGAUUCAAAUGAUUCCAGGAUUAAGUACAAUUCCUUUAAAGCAACAAGUUCAAUCACAUGGAAAUGUGGAAGUGGACCAAUGGUUACAAGUUUAUCUCAGAGAAAGUUUUGAUGAAGUGUUGGAAAAAAUCAAAAAAGCAGAAGAAACUGGUAAAAUUAAAGCUAUUUUCUUUACUGUUGAUGUUGCUCAAUUAGGAAGAAGGGAACAUGAAUCACGUAUACGUGAUAGAUCAGAUUACGUUAAAGUUCCACAACUUGCAUCUGAUUUAAAUUGGGAUGAUUUAAUUAAGAUCCGUCAAUCUACAAAUUUAAAAAUUAUAUUAAAAGGGAUCCAAAGUGUUGAAGACGCAAUCAAAUCUGUUGAACUUGGGUUUGAAGGUUUUGUCAUCUCAAAUCAUGGUGGGCGACAAUUAGAUACAACUAGAUCAAGUAUUGAAGUUUUAGGAGAAAUUGUCCCAGAAUUGAAAAAAAGAAACUUGUAUCACAAGACAGAAAUAUUGAUUGAUGGUGGUGUAAGAAGAGGAUCAGACAUUAUUAAAGCUUUGGCAUUGGGUGCAAAAAGUGUUGGUCUAGGAAGACCUUUCUUGUAUGCUUUACAAACUUAUGGUGAAGAAGGAAUUUCAAAAGUCAUUGAUAUCCUGAGAGAAGAACUUACUAUAACUUUAAAAUUAUUGGGAGUUGUCAAAUUGGAGGAACUUAACGAAACUUUUGUAGAUACUAUAGAUUUAUAUAGAAAUAGAGCAUAA